AAGAACCGCAAAAUCAUGCCAUAAAUGAAUCUGAUGACGACAUGUCUCACAGUACAAAAAAGCUUUGCCACUUUGUAUCCAAUCGCACUCAGUGAACACGCAAUCUCGGAGCGUACAAAGCCAAAUUUGCAUGCAGUUAACUCUUUCGCCAACAUUUUCAGAAUCCUUAUUGCCGCACCCUUUAAAGCAAUAUCAUGAUUGGGGGGUUUCAGAAUAGAGGUGACUGGAACGAUAUAUCAUUUAGAGGUUACAGUCAGAGCCAGUUUACCUACCAUGACCAAAUUCCUCAUUAUGGUUGGGAUUUCCACUAUGCUGGUGGUCCAUAUUUACCACAUCAAACCUCUAGACCGCCAAUUCCUGCUGUAGCACCAAUACACCGGCCACAACCAGUGGCAUACUGUAAAAUUUGUGAGGUUAAGUUGGGAAAUUACAAAAAUGUGGAAGCACAUAACAAUGGAAAGAAACAUCGAAGAAUGUUGGAACUACAUGAGCAAUCAAAAAGACUAAAAACUUCAAAUGGGCAUAUUCCAAAUUCCCAAACGAGUGCAAUAGUUCAACCUAAGACUAUUCUGAAAUCUGGGAGAAAUCAAUACUUGGCAAAAAAUGCAAGUUCUAAAGUUACUAUUUCCAAGCACAAGAAUUACCUGCAGAAAGAUAUAGAGGUGACUACUGAAGUUCCACUUGAAGGAUCUGAAGGGAAACCCAGGGAUAACACUGGGGCAUGGGGUCAUAGUUUCAAGCGUAAGAUUAGUACAGACAAAACUGGUAAAUACUUGAAGACAAAUGAUGGGGCAAGAAGACCCAUGGAAUCGUCAAAAUUUGAUGUCAAUGCUGUAUCAAAUUCUGUAGAAUCUCCCAUUCAAAUGCCUGCAUCAGCACCAACACCUGUGGUGGGAUCAAGUUUUAAGCUAUCACAUCAGCAUGUCUCGGCCUCACAGACCCCGGAGUCAAAAGACAGAGAAUAUAAUGAGAAUCAAAAUCCUAUUGUGGAAAUGAACAAUCAGUCACAUGCCCCUGCAGGUUUUGAUAUUAACGCCCAAACUACACAUGUGAAUUCUGAUUCUACUGCCAUAGCAACAGGACCACCAAAAGGGUUUAUGGUUUCUCAAGGAUUUGCACCACAGCCACAAGUUGCAUACUGUAAAAUUUGUGAGGUGAGGUUACCGGGUUAUAAAAAUGUGGAAAUGCAUAACAUUGGAAAGAGACAUCAAAGAAUGUUGGAACAACAAAAGGAAUUACAGGGUCGAAAAGCUUCAAAAGGGCACAUUUCAAAUUCUCAAAUGAAUUCAGUAGUCCAACCUAGGCGAGUUCAGAAGUCUGGGAAAAGAGAACACCAAGUAAAAAAUGUGAGUUCUGAAGCAAGUACUUUGAAGCACAAGAAUUACCUGCCAAAAGAUAUAGGGGUGACUACUGAAGUUCCAGUUCAAGGACCUGAGAAACCCAAGGAUCACACUGGUCUACAGGGUCAUGGUUUCGGGUAUAAGAUUAUAGAACCUGCUAGUAAAUACCUGAAGACAAAUAAUGGGGGAAAAAGGUCCAUGGAUUCAUCAAAACAUGAUAUUCGAAAUCCUACUGCAGGAAAAAAUGAUCAACCACAUGCCCCAGCUGAUUCUAAUAUUAACAACCAAACUGAAGUUGCGAGUUCUGAUUCUGCAGCGAUAGCAAUACCAUCACCAGAAGGGCUUUUGACAUCUCAGGUGGUAUUCACACCACCAGAAGCAGUGAGAUCAAGUUUUGAGCCUCAAACUCAACAUGUUUUACAGACACAAGUGUUAGAAAGUAAACUACAUCAUGAGAUUCAGAAUCUUGCUAUGGAAGCAAAUGAUCAGCUGCAAUCAAUGUCAGUGGAGUUGCAUGCCCCUGCUGGUUCUGAUAUUAAUGCUCAAACUGAUGAUGUGAGGUCUGAAUCUGCAGCAAUAGCAAUAGGUCCACCCAAAGGGCUUACAGAAUCUCGUGCAUUUGAGCUAUCACUACCAGCGGCAUCAAGUUAUGAACCCCAAUUUCAAUGUGUUCUAAAGACAGAAGUGUCAGAAUGCAAAGUGCAUCAUAAGAUUCAGAAUCCUACUAUGGGAACAAAUCAUCAGCCACAAUCAAUCUUGGUGGAGUUAGAUGCCCCUGCUGUUUCUGAUACUAAUGCCCUAACUGAUGAUGUGAGGUCCGAUUCUGCAGCAAUAGGAAUAGGUUCAACAAAAGGGCUUACGAAAUCUCAUGCAUUUGCACUAUCAUUAGCAUCAAGUUUUGAAUCCCAAAUUCAACAGACAGAAGUGUCAGAAUACAAUGUGCAUGAUGAAAUUCAGAAUUCUAUCAUGGAAACAAAUGAGCAGCCACAGUCAAUCAUGGUGGUGUUGGAUGCCCCUGCAGGUUCUGAUAUUAACAGCCAAACUGAUGAUGUGGGUUCUGAUUCUGCAGCAAUAUUAAUAGGACCAGCAUCUCAGGUGUCAGCACCACGACCUGCAGGGGGUUCAAGUAUUGAAUCCCAAAUUCAACAUGCUUUGCACACUGAAACAGAAACCCAAUUAUCUAAAGAACCUGCAGAGGGUUCAAGUUUUGAACCCCAAAUUCAACAUGCUUUGCAUACUGAAACAGAAACCCAAUUAUCAAAAGCCAUAACAGAUUGUCAGAACCAGAAUUGUACCGAUGAGAAAAAUAUUCAACUGCUAGGACUGGUCUUAUUGGAGUCCAAUGCCCCUUCAGCUUACAGUUCUAACACCCAAACUGCAGAUGGAAGUUCUAAAGCUGAACAACUCAUCAAUCAGUCAGGAAAAACUCAGUUGCUUCAGGUAGCUGUUUGUCUUUUGUGUGGCGAUAAAGGAUUUCCAGAGACAUUGGUUGUGUGCAACAAGUGUCAGGUUUAUGCACUUCAUAGGUAUUGCUUAGAUGGGCCUGGGCCUGUAAUUUUUACUGAUGAAGUUAUGUGGUUUUGUGAGGAUUGUGAGCCAAAGGUAGUAGACACAUCUUCUCAUGAUCAAUGUGCUCUUAUCCCAUCUGGAAAAAGUGAUUGUCUGAAUACAGGGAGGGAUGCAUCUCAAGACAGAAUAGAACCAAAAGAAUGCAUAAAGAGAAUAAAGAAAAAAAAGCAGAAGCAGCAAAAUAUUGCAGCUAAGACAAAGGUGCUGUUAUCUGAUAGCCAUGGUUUGGGUCAAUGCAGUAGUAACUGUGAAACGGAAAAGAAGUUUGGGAAAAAGUGUCAACCAGUUCCAAGAGAUGAAGCUAAUACUAGUGAUGGGUCUGUGAUUGAGGCUGUUCCACAGCCUAUUGCUGAUCCGGCCUGGAGGGGAAGUUUGUGCCUCCGUGACCAAAGUUUAGGUACUGUCAUUGAAGUUCUGGCUCAUAUGUCCACUUUAGCAUGUCCCAAAGCUCAUGAAGAAACAAGACUUUUCCCUGAAGUGGUUUGCGGUGACUUACCUCAAAGAUCUGAGGUGUGGCCAAAGUCUUUCAUCGAAUGUAGGCCAAAUAAGGAUAGCAUUGCUCUUUUUCUCUUUCCUGAGAGUGACAGUGUUGAAAGGGCCUUUGACAAGCUGGUUGAUGACAUGAUUAGCCUUGACCUUGCCAUAAGAACUGUGAUUAAAAAUGCUGAGCUUUUAGUUUUUCCUUCUACUUUGCUCCCUAUAGAUUACCGAAGAUUUCAAGAAAAGUACUACUUGUGGGGGGUCUUCAGAGCAAAGAGUGCUUCGCCCAAUACAAAUUAUGAUGCGGUGUGUGGAGAAGAUAAUUGUGUGUCGACAAGCCUUUGACCCGUCAUAACCAUAGUUCCCUCAAAUAUUGAGGACUAGUGGCAGUUCUAGUUCUAGUUCAAUUACACUGUAUUCUUGUGCUUCCAGCCAUUGAUUUAUUAAUGUGUAGCACCCUUUGCUUAAGCUUGUUUGAUCAAACUUUUGUUCUGUAAAUAAGUACUUUUUAUAUUAUUUUUAUGCUUUAAGAAUUUUGAUGAAAAAUCUUUUUCAAUAAACAUAAUUUAAAAAAAUCAACUUUGAUGUGUCUAAAAAAAACAGAGUAGCUGACGGGAAAAAUAAUCUAAACAAUUAUUGUAAAUGUGUGUUUGCAAGAUUAUUCUAAAUAGACUCUAUUUGGAAAAGAAAUAUAUGCCAGCAUUUUGGGAU